AGUCGGGCAAGCAUUGCAUAGAUAGCUGAGUGGUAUUUUUAUUCUGAAACAAUUGUUUUAAAAAUCCCAAGCAGCAGCAGCAAGAGCAUUUCAUUUCUGGUGCUUUUGUUUUACCGAUUCAGGAGAUAAAAGAGAAGAAAGCCACUUUCAGAUGUAUUCAUCCCAGUGAAUACAGGUACUUGUGGAGUUGGCAAAGCAUUAAUUGCCAGACACCUGACUGAUAUAUAUAUAUAUAGAUAUAGAUAUUGCAUAACGAACCUGCUUUCUUUCUGAUGUGCACCCUGCUGCUCUUUGGAAUGGCAUGUAGAAAAAUCUAGCUACUGAAAAUCCCAGGGUGCCAUUCAAAGAGGGACGCUUGGAAGGAAUGCAUGGAAUUAAUCUGCAAGCUGCAAGUUGGCCAAACAUGAUGUGCUUGUGGAUGAAGACCUUGUAAGAAUGAAUUUCACUUACCGCUAUGGAAUUCAUCGGCCUCUUCAUGCAUGGAACCACAGCCAUGGACUACGUCACAGUGAUCUGAAUAGAUCGAUGGAAAAAGGCUACUCUUCAGAAGGCUGUUAUGAGCAACUUUUUGUCUCGCCAGAAGUAUUUGUGACCUUAGGCUUUGUCAGCUUGCUUGAGAACAUACUGGUGAUCGCAGCUAUAGCCAAGAACAAGAAUCUGCACUCCCCGAUGUACUUUUUUAUUUGCAGCUUAGCGGUGGCUGACUUGCUGGUGAGCAUCUCCAAUGGAUCAGAAACCAUCGUCAUCACCUGGUUGAACAAUACGGAGGUCGACACACACAGUUUUACCGUUAGCAUCGACAAUAUCAUUGACUCGGUGAUUUGCAGCUCUCUCCUGGCCUCCAUUUGCAGUCUGCUUUCCAUAGCUGUGGACAGGUAUUUCACAAUCUUCUACGCUCUCCAGUACCACAACAUCAUGACAGGGAGGCGUGUCGGUAUCAUCAUCACCUGUAUCUGGGCCGCUUGCACAGUUUCGGGUGUCCUGUUCAUUAUUUAUUCUGACAGCAGCGUUGUCAUCAUUUGCCUCAUUGCCAUGUUCUUCACCAUGUUAGUCCUCAUGGCAUCUCUCUACGUCCACAUGUUCAUGCUAGCCCGGCUGCACAUGAAAAAGAUUGCAAUUCUCCCAGGCACCGGCCCAAUUCGUCAAGGGGCCAAUAUGAAGGGCGCCAUCACUUUGACCAUCUUGAUUGGAGUCUUUGUCGUGUGCUGGGCCCCACUCUUCCUCCACUUGCUUUUCUACAUUUCAUGCCCUCACAAUCCCUACUGUAUCUGUUUUAUGUCCCAUUUUCACCUGUACCUCAUUCUAAUCAUGUGUAACUCCAUUAUCGAUCCGCUUAUCUACGCUUUCCGAAGCCAAGAGCUGAGGAAAACCUUCAGAGAGAUUAUGUGCUGCUGUAGCCUGAGAGAGUCAUGCGAUUUCUCAGGAAAAUAUUGAAUGCAUCUGAAGAAGCUAUUGCCUCAUAGAUUGAUGUCUCCUCUCUAGUGCUGCAGAGCAUCUGGCUUCACUAGUCACAAGAAAUAUAUUUUGAACAGUAUCUGGUACAUGAAUGUUUGCUUCUGUUCUAAGCUUGUAAACUACAUAUGUAAUCAUUUCAAGGAUGAAGUGAUGUUAGUGGUGGGUAGCAACGACUCAGCAGGCUGCCAGGCAUGGAAAAUGCCCACAUAUUUUCAGAAUGAUGAGAGAGAGCAAUGAAAUGAUGUUGAGGAAUAGGAACAAAAGUAUUACACACAACUAAGUCCUUCGCUUUCCUCAGCUAUUUAUAUUUAAAAUUUGGGAGCUUGCAUUGUCUUGGAUUUGUAUGUGUACGGUUAAAUCAAAUUAGAGUUUAUUAGAGAGUUGUGCUUUAUGUCACAUUUUGCUCAAUUCAUUGUUAAAAAAUUGCAUCUUGCAUCUUGUUCUUAAGACAAUAGACCCAGUGAAGAUAAAAUAUAACUCAGCUGGAAUCCGUUCCUGGAGUGGAUCUGGUCUGGGAAAUUGGGAACAGUACUUUGAAAGGAUUUCAUGCUUUUGACUAUGACAAUAAGAGAUAUAUUUGGUAUGUACUGUAUGUAUUUACUUUCUUACUCAAUUGAAACAUUUUUCUAUUAAGUAGUCUAGGUAACGUGCAGUUAAAAUUGUGUCAUUAAAUAUAUGUAAUGAAUUGCAAUGAAAAUGUACAUGAGAAAAGUCUGCUAGGGCAAGAAAAACCCAAAUAUGGGACACCCAGGCAUAGCCUUAUUUCUUAUUCUUUACUGAAAGAAGAAUGAAAAGUGUAAGGUCAGUUGUUAAAAACCAUGUCAAAAUGAAUGCAUCAAAGAAAGGCAACAAUAAAAGUGCGGCUUUAAACACCAAGCAAAUGUGGUAAAAAUUAAAUAUUUAUCAUUGGUUUUAGAACACAAACUGAUUCACCUUUGAUACUGCUUCAUCAAUAUCAACUUAUAAUCAGUACAACUGAGGCAACAACUUCUGGAAAAUGGUUUGAAUGGUUGUUGUACUAUUAUAUUAUUAUGAUUCAUUAGUCAGCCAGAUGUUCAAACUGAAUUUGGCAUUUUUAUCUACCUUUCUAAUCCUUCCGAAGGACCUAGGUUAGGUAGGUAGUUAUUUGAUAGUAUUAAAGGUAUUGUCACACAUGUAAGCUGUUUAAAGUAACAAUUGACUUUGUCAAUGCCAAUUGCUAUUACUAUUGGUAGUAGUAAUACGAUUAUUUUUCCUCCUCAGUUGUGGAGAGAUACUACUUUUGCCUCAGGAACAAUAACAAAAAAUGCUUUUAAUUUUAUGAGGGAGGGAGUGUAAUCCUCAUUGUUGAGAUGGUAAGGUCUUGUACUUACCUUUGCAUCCAAGAGGUGCAGCUAAAUAUCCAGUCUUUCAUUAAAUAAUAAUUACCUACCAGUUUAUAACCAUCCUUGAUACUUUAUGCUUCAGUUAAGUCCAAGACUAUCUAAACUUUUGGAAAGUAAGCAAAUGAAGUCUCAUUCCGCACCUCACCUCAACAACCUCCAUGUUUAAGAGUUUUUCCCUCCACAAAGCAGUAACCAAAUAAAAUAGCAAGCUGCAAGGAACAGUCAUACAUGCAAGAAAAAUUAAAAAUAUGUUUAUACCAAACUAAUAUAAUUUAAGAGAAUUAACAGCUGAUGUAUAAGUCAUACCAUUGGUGUCAGCAUUGGUGUCAGCUCGGCAAAACAUUAAAUAACAAACAAUUUAAAUAACAAACAAACAAACAAAUAAAUAAAUAAGGUUGUGUUUGUCCAGUC